AUGUUCGCCAGCCGUCGCCUCGUUCUCUCCGCUGUGCCCCGCGUGGGGGCACCUGGCGCCAUGCACGCCGUCAAGACGAGCUUCUCCGUCGCUGCGCCGUUGGCGUCUCUUCGCGCAUCUUCUGCCGUCGCCCCGGCGUGUGGAAUGGCGUCUCGCGGCCACGGGCACCCGCAGCAGUCUUUGAGCGUUCCUGUCGUCGUCGGUGGGAAAAGGUCUUUCCUGACCGUCUCUCGCCCUGUCCUCGCAGUCAAGACAUUCAAGCUCGCGGAUAUUGGCGAAGGUAUUGCUCAGGUCGAGCUGCUCAAAUGGCACAAGAAAGUCGGCGACGAGGUUGAAGAGAUGGAGGAUUUGUGCCAGGUGCAGUCUGACAAAGCCGCAGUGGAGAUUACCAGCCGCUUCACGGGGAAGGUUCUCAAGCUGCACCAGAAAGAGGGUGCGAUGGUCAGGAUCGGCGCGCCGCUGCUCGACAUCGACGUUGUCGGCUCAGACGAGGUCGCCGAGGAGGAAGACGCGAAGGACGACACACCGCACGCGUCGGCUCCCGCGCCCUCCUCCAGCGCGUCGGCUCCCGCGCCCUCCUCCAGCGCGCCGGCGUCUGCGGCGCCAGCGACGCGCCGCUUCGCGAAGGAGAAGGGCGUCGACUUGUCCCUAGUCCGUGGAACCGGCCGCAACGGGCUGAUCACGAAGGAAGACGUCAUCAAAUUCCUCGAAGGUUCUCAGAGCGCAGCAGCCCCCACCCCAGCAGCCGCCCGCGCAGGUCAGCCGCAAGCGCCUGUCACCCCGCAGCGUCCGCAGCGCGAGACGACGAAAGUGCAGCUCAAGGGCUUCUCACGGGCCAUGGUGAAGGCCAUGAACGACACGGUGAAGGUGCCGCAGCUGAACAUUGGCGACGAGUACGAUGUGACCGAUCUGGUGAAGAUGCGCGAGUUCCUCGUGAGCCAGACGGCGAAGAAGUACAACUCGCGUCCCACGAUCACGGCCUUCUUGAUCAAGGCCGUCAGUCUCGCCCUCGACGAAACGCCGAUUCUCAACUCCAAGUUCGACGCCGACACAAACGAUUCUUACACGCAGUUCGGCUCGCACAACAUCUCCAUCGCCAUGGACACUCCGAACGGCCUCGUCGUGCCAAACAUUAAGAAUGUGCAGGAUCUGAACAUUCUCGAAAUCCAGGCGGAACUCCACAGACUCCAGGGCCUCGCCAUGGACAACAAGCUCUCGCCCGCGGAUCUUCAGGGCGGCACCAUCAGCAUCUCGAACGUCGGCGUCAUCAGCGGCACGUACGUGCACGCGCUGCUUUUCGACGGACAGGCCUGCAUCGUCGGCGUCGGUCAGGCACAGGAUCUCCCGCGGUUUGUGAAGAGCAAGAGCGGAAAGGCUGCACUCGACGACGAGGACCUUGUUGAGCGCAGGAAGAUCAUGACCGUCGCCUUCACGGCCGACCACCGACACUGCGACGGCGCGACAGUUGCGAGGUUCAACAAGCGAGUGAAGGAGCUCUUGGAAAACCCCGAGAUGAUGCUUCUACAUCUGCGAUAG